AUGGCUGCACCUUCGGGCAAACAGACCUCGCUAGGUCCUUCGGGCACGCCACCAGUGCCCGCGACCAAUGUCACCAGGCUCGAGAAGAGCCAUGCCGGCGUCCGUCGCUCUACUCCUGAUUCAGAAGCUCUCGCCUCCUCCGAUGAUGAUGGCGAGCACAAUACCCUCACCCAGACCAUCACUGCGCCCGCGACGAAGCCCGUUCGCCGAACAUCUUGGUUGAACGAAGUGCCUCCUUCGGUCCAACGAAAGCAUUCUCUUCCUGGUGGUCCCCUCUCGUCCGGACCUUCCAACCCCGCAAGCCCCUCUGGCGACCAGCCCCCAUGGGCUUCAGCCACCAGUGGAUCGUUCAACUGGAAUCAGUCUGGAGGGAGCCAGUUCCCAUGGGGAACUGGUAUCUGGAACACCGAGUCUCGCAAGGAACCUCCACCACGUCUUUCGGAAAUUGUUCCCUCUCCGACCAUGACCAGUACGCAGAAUGUUAGCGGCUCGAUCGGCGAAGAGAUGCUGAGCCCCAUUACACGCACUAUCUCUGGCGAAUCCGCCAUUCCAUUUUCGAUCCCCCUACACCCUACGCCCAAGACCUACCGCUCGCACUCUUAUUCCGUUGGCCAAAUGGAUCCAGAGCUUUCGGGACUCGCGGCAAAUAAGCCCAGUGCUGGAGGUGCCUAUCCGAGCACUCGUUCCCGCGGCCCCGGACAGAUGUCUUCUGGCCAGCCCCGAGGUUCGCGACCCAGUGUACUUGGCGAGCUCGGCCAUGACCCUGCUAUGCUCGGACGUGUCCGGGAGGAUGACGAUGGCGACGAAAGCUUCGGUUCAGAGGGCGAUGUCAACUACACCAGUCAAGCCAGACAGAUCGAGCAACUCGCUCGCGAAAACGCUCUCCUCCGCCAGGCCGCGGCUGCUGGCCAACGGGACAACCGAUACCGUGAUCGGGCGUCCUCUUCUGCCUCGACCGCCAGUGGUAUGCACGCUCUUCAUCGCAUUCGAGGCAGUGUUCCCGAGGAAGACUUGGCCCCCGAGGACUUGGGGGAGCUACGCGAUUUUCAAGGCUAUGGAAACAUGCGCGGUAACGGCGGACGUCGCUUCUCAGAGCAUUCAGCCAACCUGGAACAGCAGUUCUCCUCAUUUUCUUCCACCCCACUGGAGAACCGAGCCCUUGACAACGUCCGCAAGGCUCACUGGCAGACUUCCCUGGGUUUUGGAGGCAUUGCCGAUAUUCCGCAAAGCCGCCGCCACUCAUUCGCAGAUAUCCCCAUGCGCCACGCAUCUGUCAGCUCUAUAGAUUCACACUCAACUGUGACGCCUCGUGCUGGACUCGGAGAACGCGACGAUGGUUAUGGAAAUGCCAGCGAUUAUUCCAACCCACCCAUACAGCCUCGUAAGUCCCCUCCUUAUCUUCCCUUUCUGCGACCAUGCGGAGAAUGCCGGCUAACGCGCCGUCGUCGGCACAAAUCAGAGCCCUACUACUCUCGCGAACAAACACUUCGCGGAGAUGGCUCGUCUGGUAUCCCAGCCGCUCUCAAUCAGUACGCCAUGUCUGGGGCCUACGGUCGACAGCCUCCAGCGCUGGCACAUGUACAUCAGAAUCAGCUGCUGUACAUUGUCUCCUUCAAGUGCCACCGAGCCGAUGUCUUCUACAUCCAGGAGGAUACCGGUCUUCAAGUGAAAGCAGGCGACCUUGUGAUCGUCGAGGCGGACCGAGGCACUGAUCUGGGUACUGUUCAACAUGCAAACAUUUCUAUCCAGAGAGCGCGAGAGCUCAAGCAGCAAUUUGCCGAAGAGCACUACAAGUGGCUCAUGAUGUUCUCUCGACAGGCCCAACUUGAGGGAUCCGAUGUCGGUAGCGCUGGCCUGAACUCCCGCAGUGCCACUGGUGGAAUGGGUCCCCAUGCUCACGGAGUGCAGGAGGCGGCAACCGACAUCAAGCCAAAGCUCAUCAAGCGACUUGCUCAGAACCACGAGAUACUCACGUUGCGUGACAAAGAAGGAAAUGAAGCCAAGGCCAAGCGGGUUUGCCAGCAGAAGGUCGCUGAGCAUCGUCUGAACAUGGAAAUUCUCGAUGCCGAGUUCCAAAUGGACUGGAAGAAGCUUACUUUCUACUACUUCGCUGAUUCCUACAUCAACUUCAACUCCCUGGUUACCGACCUGUUCAAGAUCUACAAGACUCGAAUCUGGAUGUCUGCGAUUAACCCCGCCUCAUUCGUGACGCCUCCGUCUGCCGGUCUGCAAGGACCCGGUGGUAUAAGCAAUCCGCUUUACAGCCAGGAACCGCAGCACCCCGAUCGUCGCCACCAGCACGAGAGCCGAUCCUACGGUGGACGUGACCCGGUUGAUGUUAACCGCGAUGGAAUGCAGAACCCGGUUGGCGCGCUUCGCACCGCCUUCACUGAUUCCUACCAGCCCUUCGCUCAGCCCUCCCGUCAGAUGGAUACGGCCCAAGGCGAUCCCUUCGCACCUUAUUCCCCGACAAGCUUCGGACCGAUGGACACAGGCUUCCCCGAGUAUCCUGGACACGGCACCGGCAACGGUACAGCUCGCAUGCAUCCUGCCCAGAACGAGUGGGUAGGCCGGUUCCAGGGCCUGUCGCUUAAUUCGUGA